AUGAAUGCAUCUAUAUUUGCACUACUGAUAUUUAAUAAUUCUCCUCAAGGACCUCCACUUUCAGCAUCACCUAUUACAGUUAUUCAAAGUAAUAUUGCACUUUUUGGAUAUGCUCUUCUAUUUAUUCUUGGUUUAUUUGGUCAUACAAAUAGUUUUCUAAUUUUUCUUCGACCAAUAUUGAAUCAUAUUUCAACAAAUUGUUUAUUUAUUGCAUUAACUAUAUCCGAUUCUAUUUAUUUUUUAUUAAGUUUUUAUGAUUUUAUCAAUAUAGAUCUUCAAACUCGUGAUACAUCAGUAAAUCGGUCAGCUAUGUGUUGA